UGAUGUAACAUAGCUGGGUUCACCCACCAGAUGGGCGAGAGCUGGAAACCGGCUCAGGUCUGUUUCUGUGGUGCUUCUCCAGUAAGAAGAGCAAGUGGGUUUUUGUACAAGGAGUCCUUUGGCCAUGAUGCCAAGUUUCCAAGCAGCAACUGAAAACGUCUCCAAAUUCUUUCCCUUGCCAUCAUGCCUUCUUGAAAGGUCUUCUUGAUUCCUGACAGAAUUCGGACUGACCAUCAUUAUCCGGGCUCCCUCUAUUUUGAAGCAACUAAUCUCUGACUGCUCUUGACUCCAGUGAUGCUGCUGUGGACAAUUUCCACUUUGAAACUGCCCCAGGAAGUGGACGUAACUUUAAAGCAGCCUGAGGCUGCCUGGAUACAAUUUGGGAAGUAGUACUGGCACUCAAAUUUCUGCUCUCAGUGCUAACUCGGGUCCACUUGUGUGAUGCAGCGGUUCACUGAAGGUGAGUCUCCAGGCCCAGCUGCUGUUUUCAACCACCAUAUCACUAGACUUCUCUGGCUGAGAGGACUAUACCUAGUGCUUAGACUACCACUGCAAGUUUAGAGACCUGUUCUCAACCAAGGGCACAAGUUUUACCAGUGCUGAUAGUGCUACUGCUAGUGUGGGAACAGUGGGGAAGCAUGGGGAAAGCCUGCUCAGAUGACAGCUGUCAUUCCUAAACUGCUGAAGAGAAAAACGAUUCCCAUCCCAGCAGAACCUCAAAGCACCAGCUGAAGAACAAGCAGCACUACAUAGAUCUGAGAUGAUUGCUAAAAGCUGGAAGGAAAAACUAAAUCUCCAAUAUUUGAUACAGAUUUUGCUCUGAAAGACAUUGCAGAUGAGCCCUGCAAUCACCCAUGACUGGUGAGGGCCUGAGAUCGUAUUUCUUGUCUUACAAGCUGCUAUGAGAGAAGCUUGACAUCUCUCAGAUGAUCUUGUUGCCAUCUAUGACUUUUGCAACAAGUUGUCCUAGCUAAAUAAUAGCAAGGAAACUAGCUUUCAUCAGUGAACAGUCUAAAAAUGGUACACAGGAACAGUAUGUGAUCAGACACUUGGAAAAAACACAGAGCAACAGUGUUACUGAUAUUGGAGCCCCUGUCUGAACAGAAGGCUGGGCAGAUGUGCAGUGAGAUGUGGGACUAUGUGCAUGGACAGUGGGUGGGCAACGGUUGGGUUUACGGACAGCUUACACACAGCAUGGGGAAGGGCUAAGAGUCCAGCACCUCCCGUAUCUAUGUCUACAGGCAUACUACCUGGAAUAAUAAAGACACUCCAUAAAGUGAAGUAGGUAUCGUUGACACAAUUUGCAGAUGUGGAAGUCUGUAGCUCGUGUUGGCUUCAUAGUACGUCUCUCUCCCAGCUCCCACAGGGCCACCCAAACCACUGAAACAUUCCUCUGUAGUAACAGCGCAGAGUGAACUGGCUCCAGUUAAGCUGGUCUGGACAGUGGGGUGGGAUACAAUAACCAGCCUGCUUCCAAAAUGUAAUCUCAGGGUUGAAAUACCACACACCAGAACAAAGUGUUCACACCGAGUUUAUUAGGGCACUGAGGGAUCUGCCAGACAGGAUGAGUUAGACAUGCCUGAAGCGUUAAGAGGUAGCCUUUCAAACUCACACUCUCCUUCUUGAGAGAAUUAAUGGAUUAAAAAUUAAAACCAUCUUGUUUUCCUUUGUAUAAGGAAUUGUCCUGUCUGGGAAACUUUGAGAAACCUGGCUGGAUGACAUUAGCCACAGAGUGGCAAAAACUGAAGCUAGUGUCAGAUUUCAGGUCACAAAUUCCAGUCCUAUGUGUAAGGGAGUAAGAAGUUAGAAAAAAACCCCUGACCUGUUGAGACACAUUGCAAUGCACUCUGCCAGCUGAUAACAUCAGAGAAAACUUUAUGACUGCAAGGCUGUUCCUGGCAUGGAUGAGUAUCAUUUUACGGCAAUAGCUUUGUGGAGUUGAACAGGGCAGAAGCAUCCUCUCAGUCAUCCGUACAGUUGCGGUUUCGAACAAGCAAGCCAUAUGGACUACUUUUUCUUGCAGCUGGGAAGAAGGAUUAUUGUUUAAUUGAGCUACGCUCAGGAAAUUUACAGGUGAAAAUUAACCUUGGCAUGGGGGAACGAAUGCUGCAUUCUCAGCAAAGAUCUCAGCUGAAUGAUUUAGCUUGGCAUCUGGUUGAACUACAUCAUGAACAUGAUAAUGUCGCAUUGGUAAUUGAUAAACAUGAUAGAACUAGUGUGAAAAUGCCUGGCAUUCUCUAUGAAUUAAAUAUUGAUUAUGGAUUCUAUGUAGGUGGUACUAGUAAACUUGACGUUCCCUACCUCAUUGGAGCACUGCCGAAUUUCCGAGGAUGUAUUGAUGAUGUGUCAUUCAAUGAGCUAGACAUUCUGAUGCCCCUGAGACCUUCUGCUGGCUUUAAAAAUCUCCAUGAAGUUUCGGUGGGGUGCAGUGAUGAAUUCUUUGCAGGUGAAGAUGAACCCAUUAGUUUCUUCAGUUCCAGAUCCUAUGUUUCUUUCCCGUUGUGGAGUGUUGAUGAUGAGGGAAUCUUGCAGUAUACAUUGCAAACCUCAGCUGCGCAUGGCUUGCUGCUUUACCAUUCCGGGCAAGCAGGAGAUUUCAUUGCAAUGGAAAUGGAAGAUGGAUUCAUUAAAGCCUACACUGGAAAACACAAAAGUAGAACCCAGCUUUCGUCUCGUAGAUCAGUCAAUGAUAGUCAUUGGCACUACGUCGAACUGAAAUUUACUGCAGAAUAUUUGCAGCUGACAUUGGAUGAAGAAACGGUGAAAAAGUCAUUGCCUCCCCACAGUAAACUGCCACUUCUGAAGGGGUCUCUCUUUGUAGGUGGUGUAGAUGACAGCACACGAUCAGAAGUGAUUAAAUUAGAACUGCCGUCAGUGACUGGGAAGUAUUCCAGAGGAGGAUCCUUCAAAGGUUGUCUAAGAGACCUGAAAGCCAAUUCAGAAAAGAAAUCACUUAAGAAUGUUCUGGUAACAAAGGACAUUUCAGCUGGGUGUGAAACAGAGAGUGCCUUUAAUGCAAAUCUUUCUUUAAAGGUCAUUGUAAAGAACCUUACUGUGAAAGCAGCCCCAACAUUUGCCAUUUCCCCUGAAAGCUCUGUCACUCUGGCGAAAGAAGACAAAAGCUACUUUUUAGUUCUAAAUAACUUGAUUGUGCUAGAGGGUGGACAAGCUUUACUUGAAUCUAAGCAUAUUAAAGUCAACUUAGACUUUCAGAAGUUAGGUAUUAAUCAAUCACAAAUUGUUUUUGAAAUAAAGGAACCACCCUCUCAUGGAGACUUGAAACUAGAUGUUGAGCCAGCACGGGAGGUAAAUACAUUUACACUGCAGGACGUGUGGCAAGGGAAGAUUCUUUAUGUCCAUGAUGGCUCUGAGGACACUUACGAUUAUUUUAAUUUCUCCAUUUUUGCAACCAGUGAGAAGGUUGUGCCUCCAUACUUACAAGGAAAUGAGCAGCAUGUGUUUAGCAUUACGGUCACUCCAGUAAAUGAUGCGCCUGAGAUCACACUUCCCAAGGGAAACUUGCUUUUUCUCCUAGAGAACUCAAAGAAACGUUUAACUAGUGAGCUGAUUAAAGUUCUAGAUAAGGAUACAGAUCCUGUGCGUCUCAGUCUUUCAGUGCUUGGAAAUCUGAAUGCAGAUGCGGGAUUUUUAGAAUAUUCAAAGCAUCCUGGGAAAGCUAUUACUACUUUUUCUAAUGAGGACUUAAGAGAAGGCACUGUUUUCUUUGUCCACACAGGUGUCAAGAACUCAAGGAUUGUUCUGAGGGCGAGUGAUGGUGAGAAAGUGAGCAACACUGUUGUGUUACGUGUCAUGGCAGUUCCUUUGGAUUACAGAGUUGUCAACAACUCGGGCAUAAAACUACUCCAAGGUGUUACAGCUCUGAUCACACCUAGGCAUCUGGCAGUUGAAACAAAUGCCAGCCUCCAGGAGCUGGAGAUACGGUACGAGAUCACAGAGCCACCCCAGUUUGGGGAAGUCCAAAGGCAGCAUUCAAGGGGAGAAUGGAAGAGCGUCAGCUCUUUUUCUCAACGCUCUGUUCAGCGCAGCCGUGUGAGAUACUGUAGCACUUUUAAAGAAAUUCAGCUGGAAAAUGUUACUGACCAAUUUAAAUUCAAAGUUGUCAUAGGAAACAAAAGCAGUGAAGAGCACACAUUUCCAAUCAAAGUGAAGUGGUUAAGGUACAGUUUAUUGAAACAUGUGCCUCUAGAAAUUGAAAAAUCAAAAAAGAAGUACUUAAGUUCAGAUAAUCUUUUUGCUGUGAUUGUGGAUCUAGAAAUUCCUGAAGAUGAGCUUCAUUUUAAGUUGCUGUCCCUACCAAUGCAUGGACAAAUACUACUUAAUGACCAGCCUUUGAAGAAAGAUUCAGUCUUUAGCCAGAAAGAUAUUACCUAUCAAAAAGUGGCAUAUGAAUUAAUCAGUAGACUCCAUGGAGACAACCAUGAUUCAUUUAGAUUCAUCAUUUCUACAAAGUACCUGGAAUCAAAUGUAUACAGCUUUGAAGUCUACAUCAAAUCAGAUUUCAGAAACAUUAUUUUGACUAACAAUGGCCUUACUGUUACUGAAGGUGAAGGAGAGUUAAUAACGAGCACAAAAUUGUUUGUGCAUACACCAAAUAAUGAAACUUUCCAGUAUAAAGUUGUACAGUUUCCUAAGCAUGGGAAAUUAAAACUCAUUAAUUUUUCAGGCUCAUUUGAGAGUAAUGACAGUCUCACCACUUUCACUAACAAAGAUAUAAUUGAUAAACGCCUUAUGUAUGUGCAUGACGAUUCUGAGACAGUGUUUGACGAUUUUCUUGUCAGAGCUUCUAGUAAAGAGUCAGGAAAGUGGUCAGACUUUGAUCAAGAAGUGGAACCUUUGUCACUGGAAAUUAGAUUCAACAUUUCUGUCCAGCUGAAGAAUGAUGAGAAACCAGUACGUGUAAUUGAUAAAACAUUUAACAUAGUGAGAAAUGGGCAGCGAUUAUUAACAUUGGCAGAUCUUUGCUAUCAUGAUCCUGAUGCUGAUUUUGAUGAUGGACAGUUACUGUAUACUAGACGUGGUAUUUCCAAUGGGGACUUGGUGCUAACAAGUGAUACUUUGCACAGACUAUACCAGUUUAAACAAGCAGACCUGGAGCAAAAGCAAGUCCUGUUCAUACACCAUGGUGCAGAUUUUGGGCGUUUUGUGCUCUUUGUGACAGAUGGCAAACACUAUACCUCUUUGCUUGUUGAAGUUAAUGCCACUGAUGCUUAUGUUAGUUUGGCAAAUAAUACGGGCUUAUUGGUUCAAAAAGGAAAAGAAGAAACUGUUACGACAGCUAACCUAAGUGCUGUUACAAACCAAGACGUCAGAAAUGAUCAUGAAAUUACAUAUGAGAUAUUCUCUUUCCCCAAAUAUGGAAGAAUAUAUGUAAAUAAUCUGUUGGUGGAUUCAUUUACUCAACUUGAUCUGACAAAGGGGCAUGUGACCUACAGGCAUGAUGACAGCGACAACCUUAUUGACACAUUUAAUUUUACAGUCCAUGCUAGAGAUGUCCAUUUGGAUGCUGGAGUGCAUGUUCGUGUAUAUUUGGAAAGUCAUCGGUGGCCACCAAGGGUUGUGAACAAAAACAAUCUCUUAGUUGAAGAAGGAAAACCAGUUAAAGUCAGUAAAGGGGAACUGCAGGUUGUUCAUGAAAACAGUCCUCCAUCUGAGAUUGUAUUCACAGUAAGACAGCUUCCAGUACACGGAUACAUUCGGAAGUUUUCCUCAGAAGAAAGUUGUCUCGGUGCUGACCAAAGGCCAGUUUUGAGCUUCACACAGCAAGAUGUUGACGAGGGCAAAGUUCAGUACAUGCAGACAGUUUCUGACCAACUAGAGGAUCGGUUUUCUCUGGAUGUAACCAAUGGUAUCCAGACAGUGAGCGGAAUAGAGAUCUCUGUAGACAUCAUCCCCAAAAUUAUUCCACUGGAAGUACAGAACUUCACAGUAAUUGAAGGGGGCUCGAAAGCCCUGGUGGAAGACUAUCUACAGAUUUCUAGUGGACGUUUUGCAGGACUCAGCUGUGAAUUUAUUUUAGUUGAGCAGCCAAAGCAUGGAUAUAUUGAAAACUCUCAUGUUCCUGGAAUAAAGUUAACCACAUUUACCAGAAAACAGGUGGAACAAGGGUUAAUCCACUAUGUUCAUGAUGACAGCGAGGAGCUGAUGGACAAUUUUACUGUGAUAGUAAAUAACACGGAAUUGAGGAAACAAAGCUUGCCCCGAACUCUAUUUGUAACAGUUACUGCAGUAAAUGAUGAAGCUCCUGUUAUAAAAGUUAACAGAGUUCUUCAGGUCUGGGAGGGUUCAGUCACAGAAAUAACUAUUGAUGACCUCUGUGCAGAAGACAAGGACUCAUCACCAUCAGAACUGGUAUAUUCCAUUACUCCACCUAGCAAUGGGCAUUUGGCUCUGAAGUCUUCUCCAAGCAAGAGUAUCCUUAAUUUUACCCAGGCUCAUAUAAUUGAAGGGCAGCUGGUAUUUGCACACAAUGGAGCAAUGUCUGGAGGAUUCAACUUUCAGGUAACAGAUGGUUUGAACUUUGCACCUCGACAGAUUUUUAGCAUCACAGCUCAGAUGCUCAUCAUUAGCCUUGAAGUGAACAAAGGACUUCGAGUGUUUCCAGGUUCCAGGAAUCCUAUUUCACGACACGAUCUGAAAGCUGUAACCAAUGAUGUGACCAAUGCAGGAAACAGAACUAUAAUUUUUGUGAUUGUAGCUUCCCCAAAACUUGGAAGGCUGAUCAGAGUAAAUUCUGAUAACACCACUCAGGAAAUCCUCAGUUUUACACAAUCUAUGGUGGAUGAAGGUGUGAUUAUCUAUGAGCACUUACAUGCUGAAUCAGCUGACUGGAGUGCAGAAGAUUUCUUUAUGUUUACUGUCUCCUCUCCACCAUCAGCUCUAGACCUUCAGGUGUUCCAUAUUGUCAUUUCCUAUGAAAUUUCCAGGCAUGAUCAGAACAGCUGUCUUUUGGCAAAUACAGGUGCCACAGUCCAGGAAGGAGGUAGAGUAUUAAUCAACAAAACAAAUUUAGAUGCUUCAAAUCUAUUGAUUAAGCUACCUGAGGUACAGCGCUCCAUGUAUGAAGUCUGGUAUCAAGUUGUAUCUUUACCCCAACAUGGCAUGAUUGUUGUUGGAGAAAGAAACAUUACCAAAGAAAAACCUAACUUCUCCCAGUAUAUACUGAACAAAUUUGGAAUUGUGUAUGUACACGAUAAUUCUGAAUCACUUAAUGACAAUUUCACUUUUGCUGUUUGGUUAAACCUAAAGAGCAAGUCUGCAACAAAGCCCCAUAGUGAAGUUUUAGAGGAGGUGUUUAAUAUCACUGUUGUUCCAGUGAAUGACCAAGCUCCAGAAUUGAAGACUAAAAAUCUGCACCUGAAAGUCCUGCAGGGAGAUAUGUCAGUGCUGGGGCCAGAGAAUCUGAAAGUUGAAGACCUAGAUAAUGCCCCAGCUGAGCUCAAAUACACCAUUGUUAGCAACCCCAAUAAUGGUUAUUUAGCAAUGAAAAGCAAUCUCAGUGUCUCUAUAAAGGAUUUCACACAAGCUGAUGUCAACAGUGGUAAAGUUUGGUUUGUACAAGAUGGAAGUUCAUCUUCUGGGGUGUUUUAUUUCAGCGUGACUGAUGGUAAACAUCGCCCUUUAUACAAACUAUUCAGUCUUGAAGUCAUACCAGUUGUUCUUGUUCUGGUCAACCUUACUGAUGUUGCACUUCCACAGGGCCGGACAUCUGUCACUAUUACUAACAUGCAGCUUUCAGCUGUCACAAAUGGAAGAAGCACUAAUAUCAUGUAUGAAAUAACUCAGCCACUCAAAUAUGGGCACCUGAUGAUUGGAAAUGAGCAGGUUACUAAAUUUGAGCAGGCAGAUUUGUACUCAGGAAAGCUGUCUUACCACCUGACAAAUCUCAGUGCAUCCAAAGAAGUACUGGAGUUCAUGCUUUUCACUGCAGAAGGCAAUCUAACAGGGCAAGUGCUGAACAUUACAGUGAAGCCUUUAGUACAAGUUGUACCUGACAUGCAGAUUUCAAAUCAAGCAGCUUAUAAAUUCAGAAGCAGUGACCUGGAUGCUUCUGAGCUAGCUAACUUGACAAACAGUGAUCCUAGAUUUGAGGUGGUAGUGCCUCCAUCUCAUGGAAGGAUUGUAAAGAAAAGGUUUGUGAAUGAUGCCGUGUUUGAAGAUAUUCGGACAUUCACCCAGGCUGACAUUGAUAGUGGUGCUGUGCUUCUAGACAUAGAUACGAAUAUGACAGGCAUUGACCUGUUAAAUGACUCGUUCACAUUUAUACUCAGGGCAGAUGCUGUGCAGCCUGCCUUCGGCCGUUUCCAGUACUCCAUCGUGCCUUACAGUCCUCCACUUGUGCAGGGUUUUACAGCUGAAGUGCCUUCCAUAACCAGCACGACCACUUUAAAGAUGCACACUACCUCAAAGGGUGAGGCACCAGCCUCUUCUCAGAAAGAAGAGCCCACAGUAGCACUGCAGAAUCCUGGACCAACCUUGUGGCCAGGGCAGAGUCGCUGGGGAAAUCUACAUGAGGAAGGUCCAUUGCUAAAUCUGGCAAUGGAAACAAGUGGAUCUGUGGUGACUGAGACCACCAACCAGUUUAAUGGCAGGAGUCCCAGAGAGCAAGCAGCUGAAAGCAGCAACCCUUGGUACACCAUUAUCCCCCUGGUCCUGGUGUCUGUGCUACUCAUUGUUGCUGUUAUUUCUGUGUGCGUUUGGUUGAUGUGUCAGAAGAAAGAGAACACAAAACCACUUGUCAGAAGUCAAAUGGGUGCAGUCCUUAGUAGUCCAGAUCGAUGUCUGGAACGGAGCUUGACUGUACCCAGUGUUACAGUGACUCCUCUCCCGAAGCAGGUUGAGAAAAGUACAGCCUCAACGUUCAUGGCAGCAAGAUGUGAACAGCCACUUCCUGCAGUGGUUUCUCCGACUGUAGAACACUCUCUGCAAAACAGCUGGUUAAACCUUGAUCCUGAAAUGAUCCAGUAUUGUCGAAAAACAAACCCAACUUUGAAGCGCAAUCAGUACUGGGUGUAGUGGUGGUCAGUUUUGGUCAUGCUAAUUGAUGCAGUAUGGAAAAGAGAAUAUACAUGGUUGACAUGUAAGUUGUUCUUUAUUACAUUUAUUUAUUAUAGGUCAAAUGAUGAACGAUUUGUUAGAUAAAAUCCAAAUGCCUGUGAAAUAAUAAUAAUAAAAACAUUACUGAUUACAGUGGCCAUAAAAUAAGAUUUUCAAUUGGUACUUCAAAAUUCUCAAUUCAGUGCAGAAUUUGGCCACCUAGAUUUUGAGUGCACCCUGUAUAUGCAAUAUUUUUUUAUUUCCCAUGGCAGAAGUAAAAUAGAAUGUUCUGUCAUGGAUUAUAUAUUUUUAAUAUAAUUACUUUUUUUGAAGAACAGUGUUUGCUCUAAAGGUCUUGUAUUCUUUCCUGAACCACCACUUCUAUUUGAAGAACUUCCAGCUGUUUGUGUAAGUAAUUGCCAAAGUGCUAAUCUCAAUAAUGCCAUUUUGACCUUGAAGGCAGUUCAGAGGCCACUACUAAAGAAACAAAGCUGUGAUUAUUUUGACAGGUGUUCAUCUGGGUCACUGAACUGGAAAUCUAGAAUUCAACUCAGCAACAAUAGUCCAGUAGUGAUAGCAUGGUAAAAUACCCUUACUGUGAGUUGUUGUUUGUUCUUUUAUUUUUUCAUUUUCCUCAUUUGAUACCAAUCUCUAGCCUUUAAAGUCUGCAGACUGGUAAAGUGCAUCUAUGACCUCUAAUCCACAUGGUAAAAACUGUGCAUCUGCCAGUCAGCCUGUCUGCUGAAUUAUCUUUAGGCUUAGGUUGUAUCUGGAAGUGCAUACCAAUAUUUCCUGGUCCUUGGGCUGAAUUUUACCUUUGGUGAAGCAAACACAACUCUCUCUGGAGUCUGGGCAUUCAAGCAGAUGACAGUACAUAGAAUUAGGUCCUGUGCUGUGGAGCUACUGACAGAAACAGUCCUGCGAGGAAGUACGUAUUCUGAAGUUUCACAAUUUACUCUUCGUCUCCUGGAACGCUGAACACACAUGACUUACACACUAUGACAAGUAUUACCUACUCUGAUUUUGCUCUGGUGGUAAAAUGUCCGAUGAUUUCUCUGCAAAGGGAAUAUUUUUGUAUUAUUGGAAAUUCAAGCUCAAUAGUGAUUUACAAAGGUCCAGUCUUUCUUCCACUGAGGACGAAAACAAAGUUCUUGUUGACUCCAGAGAACAAAUGGACUUCAAGGGAAUGGUGCUGUGAUGAUAACCAGUCUCUUACUAACCACUGAGCUUCUCAUCUAUUUUUUUUUACUUUUGCAUUGUUACAGCCUCCAGGUAGCUUCUAUGUUAAAACACUGUGCUUGGUGUCAGGAGGCAAUCUUAGCACUGCGAUCAGUUAACACUGGAAUAAUGUUUAAGUUUUAGCCUAGGUACUGCAGCUUUUGCUUUGAUAGAAUGGGUAUAUGAACCUCAACAUCCUUGGUGCUAUUAAUUUCAUACUACUUUGUUUUGGAUGAUUUUUUGUUAUUGCUGAUGGUUAGCUGUGUUUCUGUCUUUUGUAUAUUUCAAUAAUGUGAAAUUUUCACCCAAGAGGAGGGCCAGGUUAAGUUUCUGCUUACUGCUGUGUUCUGGGAACUAACCACAGGACCAGUGGGGCCGUCUUGCUGACCUUCACCACCUGUGCUGUGGUCAACCAUGAUUCUUCUGCAUUGUGAAGCAAUGUGUUUUUCAGAGCCCACUUCAAGGAGAAAAGUCUGUGUAAGUGGAAAAUAUGCAAGCCACAUCUUCACCUGGUCAAGUUAGUUGGGCACUAGAGAUUAAAGAUAUGCACCCUUUGUAUGCUCAGACUAACAUGUGAAAAACUAAAAAGCCUGAUACACAUUUUUUUGUUUUUCUGUCAUUACCAUUUUUUGCCUAAUGUCAGUGUGAGGCGGUUUGAAUUCAAGCAGUGUGGUCAGUGUGAAAUGCUGGGGUGUUCAGGUGGCCCAGCUGGUCUGCUGCAGACAUACGUUGUGGACCUUUUCUGCUUUUCCAAAUAAAAUCUUUGGGACUGUUUUUUGGAACUCUCAGACACAUAAGUGGUGCUGCCAGCCAUCGCAGGGACAACCCAGCAUCUUUACUGAGCUGCAACUGUACGUCUGUUGCCAUCCCUGAUUCUGAGACCUCUUCUUCUAGCACAAUGCAGACUGCAGCAUCCUCCAGAUCCCAGCUGUCAGCAGAGCGUUUGCUACAGCCUGCCUAUAAUACCUUCUAGCUGGUAGCAGGAACCUGAUCGCUUUACACCUCCUCCAAGACCUCACUCCAAGGAGGAGCUAUAAUCCAACACUUUUCCUGACACUUAAAGAAGCCUGUCUCACAUUUCCCUACAACUGAGACCUUCUUGUCAACAGCAGAAGAGGUGUCAUACUCCAAUACCUUCUGGGAGACCAAGCAAUGUGCCUCUACACGGUACCAAAAUAUUGCAGUGCUGAAAGCUGCUCAAGUCUGGUGACAAAGUUCACACUAUGGACCUGUGACAGGCUGAACAGAAAUACGGAAGUGAAAUGUGUGCUUAGUGAGAUUUUGCUAAAUUUAUCUUUGUAAAGACAAGUAAGCUCAAAGCCGCAGUGCUCAGUGUGCAGUGGAGGUGGAGUGUAGGGUUGCUGUAGUGCUGGCAAUGGUAAAAAAUGAGACCAUGACAUGAUUGUGACUGAGUCACAAAAAACAGCAAUGCAAUUAGAACUGACAACUGAAUGAGAAUUCUUGAGUUGCAGCAUGUGCAUGCUCUGAGCAAGAAAUCAUACAUGAAAAAUACAGAAAUGUUAGCAUUUAUGCUGACUCUUUUGGCUUCAGCAUGAUGAGCUGAACUAUUGUUCUGUGUUUUGAAAAUGCUUUUGGCUAGCAACAGAUGUUCAAGGGGAUCAGACACUAUGGAAUGGUAUUUUGAGCAUUUGAGCAUUUGAUUUUUAAAGCAUCUCGGGGUUUUUGGUUGGUUUGUUUGUUUUAAUAAAAAAACCCUAAAUGCGAAAUUCAUCAGUGAAGUGUGCCAGCAUUCAAUUUUCUCCCUCAGUUGGUGCUACUGUGAGACAAGUGUGCCAAAAUGCCUGGAAUGUUUAGACGAGAACUUUAUAUGGAUGUAAGUAUAUUGUGUCAGUGAUUACUGGAUUUCGUAUGAAAUGCAGAGGUAAUAUUGUAACUGAUAUUGAGGUGGUAAAACUCACCAGGAUGAAUCUCAUCCUGGGCUUCCUGAAUAGCAACCUAGAAAGUCCUCAGGAAAAACAUUUUGUACUUAUGGAUUCUUUUUGUGAUUCCACAAAUGUACAUAGUUUAUGGUCAGAAUCUAGUUUGAAUUUGUUGUUUCACUUAACCUUGAAUUUAUGUGUUUUGUGUAGCAAAGAUGGGGUUUAUGAAGAAUUCCCUUUCUUACCAAAUGUAAUUCUAAACUGCAGCAUGAAAGUGCCUUGAAGACAUACAUAAAAUCAAUAAAUUGUUUUGUUUAUAAUCCA